AGCAGACCGUACGCUUGGGUAAAGAUAAACGAUCUAGUAUCUCAGAUACCCCUGACCCCUCGAUGAGACGACAGGGCUCGACCAUAUAACCAAGCGCAUAUAUAGGCGUACCUGCGCAGUUUUAUUCAUACAUCGGCAGAGUCCAAGGUUGAGCAACGCCUUACAGUGUCUCAAUCACCUACAAUGGAGGUGUUCUACAUCGUUUGUGCAGUACUGUUUCUUUCUACUUAUACAUUAGCACAAGUUCCCGCCCCGAGAGACGUAGUCGCCAGGGCACACACUUUAAACAAAGUCAGUCUAACAUGGCGAGACCCAGAUUUACCAGAAGGCGCAAUGACGCCACCAAGCGGUAGAAUUUACCGAAUCAGCUACAGAGCUACGCACCCGUGGCAGACCAGUUUUCAGGAGGUAGAAGCAGACGAGGCAUGGGCAUCUGUCAACAAUUUAUCGCCUUUCACUCGAUAUGAGUUUCUAGUAACUAUAGAACAAGAUGGCCGACGUGGAUCUCAAAGCGAGGCUACUGCUGUCACCACUGUCGUCAUUGGAGCCCGAGGAGCGCCAACAUCGACGGCUUCCAUUAAUAAAGUCGAAGAAUAUGGCGGUGUCACUGGGGUCAAUGUAUUGGUACGAUGGACAACAAAAGACGACCCAGAUAAUGAGUAUACAGGUCACAUAAUAUUUUACACGCACUCCGAAGCGCCCGAAUUUAAAGAAUCAUACAUGUCCUGGGCAAUUAAAAGAAUGGACGGCAAAGAUAACAGAGCUGUCAUUGAAGAACUGAAUCCCGAGUCUAUGUAUGGUUUUCUAGUGCAGCCAUUUAAUGCCAAUGGCGGCGGACCCGUAUCUAUGAUAUAUUGGUACACAACACCAAAGCGUGACGCAGGAGGCAUUGUAAGACCAGGUGGUCUUGGUAUUGGAGAGAAAGCCACGAAUAGAAAAUGUCCACCUGGAGUUCGUCAGGUGAAAUGCGCAGUUGAUCCUUGUGAGAAUACACAGUGUUCCCAUUAUCGAUGCGAACCGAAUUACUGCGGAAGAUGCAGUGCUGUUUACUUCGACGUAUUUGGCAACGAAGCCCAGUGCGAGUCACAAGCUACUUUACAUGGAUGUGCUCCUAAUGUACAACUUUCACAAUGUGAGGUCGAUCCGUGCGAGGAAAGCACGUGUCCCAAAUAUCCGAAUGCGCUGUGCAGGGCUAAUUACUGUGGAGGAUGUUUUGCCGACUUUUACGACAUUUAUGGAUCGAAAAUCGAAGAUUGUAGGUUGGGCGGGGAUACAGAAUUGGAUGAAUACUAUGGAUGUCCACCUGAUGUGCCUGUAGUGGCGUGCAAACUGGACCCAUGCCUCGUAUCGACUUGCCCUCGUUACCCUCGAGCUCGUUGUAAAUUCACCUUCUGUGGGGAGUGUAAAGCGGAGUUUUACAACAACGAUGGCGCUAUUGUAGACUGUGGCAAUACAGAUACCGGCGCUGAAUGUCCACCGGGAGUACCAGUUGUGAGUUGUAUCAUUAACCCAUGUCAAGAUGCCCGUUGUCCUGCAGACCGAACAGCAGUAUGCAAAGAAAACUAUUGUGGUGGCUGUAUUGCUGAAUUUUUCGAUACUUCUGGUAAUAAAGUCAACUGUGAAGUGGAGGAAAAACCAGGCACAUGCCCCGUUGUACAAGACUCCUCUGAGGCCGUUGGUUUGUGUGUGGAACUCUGUAUAAGUGACAGUGAUUGUGCCGGUAGUGAUAAAUGCUGUUCAAACGGAUGUGGUCAUGUUUGUCGACCACCUAAAAAAGUGGAGAAAGAGGGUUCGUGUCCAGCGACAGAUGUGGCCUACGGGUUCAUUGGUUACUGUGCCGAAUAUUGUUCUUUAGACGACGACUGUCCCGGAGAACAGAAAUGUUGUUCCAAUGGAUGUGGCCAUGUGUGUAUACCUCCAGCAGAGGAACCGAACGUUAAAGAAAAACCAGGCAACUGUCCUGCAAGUACUAGUGUACUGGGCGGUAUAUGUGCUGAGAUGUGUAACAUCGACCAAGACUGCCCAGAUGAUCAGAAAUGCUGUUCCAAUGGAUGUGGACAUGACUGUAUGUCGCCAGUUACUACAGGUCUUUGUGAAAGUGUUCGUGACCUGUGUCUUGGUGGCAGAUGUAUCAAUACAGCAUCCGGUGGGUAUACGUGUAUCUGUCCAGCUGGAACUCAGUUAUCGCGAGAACGAACAUCGUGUGAAGAAAUAAGACAACCAGAAUCAGAACCACCUUGUCACACUGAAUUGCGAGCUGUUCCAUAUCCUUAUCCAUUAGGUAUAUUCCUUCCUUCAUGUCGCGAUGAUGGGUACUAUGAGAAACAUCAAUGUCACACAAGUACCGGUUAUUGUUGGUGUUCAAGCAAGGAAGGUGUAGAAGUUGAUGGGACUAGAGUUCGAGGAGAAGCAAAAUGCGAUAAAGAUGGAGAGUGUCCCGCAAGAAAACCUGGGGAAUUUGGCGCAUGCGUUGAAGCGUGUACAUAUGAUCAUGACUGUCCAGGAACUUCAAAAUGUUGCUCUAACGGGUGUGGCCUUAGCUGCGUGGAAAUAGAAACAGAAACUGAAGAAUUAGAUCAACCACCUUGUCAUGCUGAACUACGUGCCAUUCAACAACCAUAUCCACCAGGUACGUUUCUCCCAUCUUGUCGUGAAGAUGGAUACUACGAGAAACAUCAAUGUUACACAAGUACCGGUUAUUGUUGGUGUGCAAGCAAGGACGGAACAGAAGUUGAUGGGACUAGGGUUCGUGGGAGCGCAAAUUGUGAUAAACCCGGUACAUGUCCCGCUGUACAGUCAGGAUUGGUUGGAACAUGCGUGGAGGAGUGUAGUUAUGAUUACGAUUGCGCAGAUAGCAAGAAGUGUUGCUACAAUGGAUGCGGUCACACAUGUGUAGCCAUAGAAUCAGAACCUCAAAGAGAUGAAACUCCUUGUUAUUCUGAGGUGCGAUCAAUACCAUACCCAUACGCACCAGGUGUUUUGGUUCCAAGAUGCCGUGGAGAUGGCUAUUACGAGAAAGAACAAUGUCACGCAAGUACUGGACAAUGCUGGUGUGUCAAUGUCAAUGGUGAAGAAGCGGACGGGACGCGUGUUAGCGGUAGAGCAACCUGUGACAAAGCCGGAACAUGUCCAGCUCCACAGCCAGGAACGGUUGCAACAUGCGAUGAAGCCUGUAGCUAUGAUUAUGAUUGCGCACACAACGAGAAAUGUUGCUCAAAUGGAUGUGGUAAUACAUGCAUAGUUGUACAAACUGAAAAACUAGGAACAUGCCCUUCAGUAGCUCCGGGAAGUGUUGGUACCUGUGUCGACUAUUGCCAGUCGGACUUCGACUGCGCGGAUAAUGACAAAUGCUGCUCGAACGGAUGCGGCCACAGCUGCGUUGCUAUGCAAGAUAACACUAACCCAGGUGGAAGGGGUGGGUAUCAACUUUCUGAUGAGCCACCAUGCAUGGUCGAACUUCGCGACACUGAAAUCAAUUCAACUCCAGGAAUGUUUAAACCUCGAUGCAAUGAAGCAGGGUUUUAUACUAACGAACAAUGUUGGGAAAGCAACAAUAUCUGCUGGUGUGUGACCAAGAUGGGCAACGAAGUGGAUGGAACAAGGGUUCGUGGAAGUGCUGACUGUGACAAACCUGGUUCCUGUCCAGCCGUUACUGACGACACUGUAGGGACAUGCGUUGAAGAGUGCUCAUAUGAUCAUGAUUGUUUUGACGAUCAGAAAUGUUGUUCUAAUGGCUGUGGUCAUACAUGUGUGACGAUACCAGAACCGAAAUCUGAAGAAGAUAACCGGGAAUCUUCUAAUGAACCAUGCAAUGAUGACCUCCGUGAAGCUUACAAUGUACCAGGUUCAUUCUUGCCUCGUUGUACGGCGGAUGGAUUCUAUGAAAAGGAGCAAUGUUGGCAUGAAACUAGAGAAUGUUGGUGUGUAAAUAGGUUUGGUACUGAAGUAUCUGGCACUAGGAAAGAAGGAAGAGCUAAUUGUGAUAAGAGCGGAGAAUGUCCCGCAGUUGAAGACAAUGGAUUAGUUUGUGACGAUGAAUGUAGUUACGAUUACGACUGUUCAGAAGAUAGUAAAUGUUGUUCUAAUGGAUGCGGCCGUGCCUGCAUGGUAAUGCCACAAGUCGAAGCACGACCAGUCGAGAAACCAGGUGAAUGUCCAGUGGUCGCUGAUGGCGUAGUUGGUACAUGUGCUGAAUAUUGUUCUAAUGAUGGUGACUGUGGUGGAGAUCAUAAAUGCUGCUCUAACGGCUGUGGACAUACAUGUGUAGCACCAGCCAAACCACGACCAGUUGAGAAACCAGGUGAAUGUCCAGUGGUGGCUGAUGGCGUAGUUGGUACAUGUGCUGAAUAUUGUUCUAAUGAUGGUGACUGUGGUGGAGAUCAUAAAUGCUGCUCUAACGGCUGUGGACAUACAUGUGUAGCACCAGCCAAACCACGACCAGUCGAGAAACCAGGUGAAUGUCCAGUGGUCGCUGAUGGCGUAGUUGGCACAUGUGCUGAAUAUUGUUCUAAUGAUGGUGACUGUGGUGGAGAUCAUAAAUGCUGCUCUAAUGGCUGUGGACGUACGUGUGUAGCACCAGCAAGAGUACGUCCAGUAGAGAAAAAGGGGGAAUGUCCAGUAGUUGAGGAAGGUACAUUUGGUAUAUGUAGUGACUAUUGUUCUAAUGAUGGUGACUGUGGUGGAGAUCAUAAAUGCUGCUCUAAUGGCUGUGGACAUACGUGUGUAGCACCAGAAAGAGAUGAACCAGAACAGAAACCAGGCAUUUGUCCUGCUGCACCAGAAGCUAUAGCUGGAUUUUGUGCUGAUUUCUGUGAUAGCGACAUGGCUUGUUUUGGCGAUGAAAAAUGUUGUUCCACUGGUUGUGGGCACGUAUGUCUUGCACCUGUGAAAGAGAAAGAGGGAACUUGUCCAGCUGUUCGGCCCGGAGUUGCUGGUGUAUGUACAGAGUUUUGUUCCACGGAUAAUGAUUGUAACGGAAAAUUUAAGUGUUGUUCCAAUGGAUGUGGCCAUGUUUGUGUUCCACCAUUCAGCCUGGGUGGGGGAAUAGGAGGUGGUGUUGAUAAAUCAGAACCUCCAUGUCACAAAGAACUACGGGUUGUUGAAAGUAGAGGAAAACUGUUAGGGGCGUUCAAGCCUCGGUGCACGGAUGAAGGUUAUUAUGAAAAGAAACAGUGCUGGGGAAGCACAGGACAUUGCUGGUGUACAAACAAACAUGGAGAGGAAGUUGACGGAACCAGGACAAGAGGAUCUCUUGAUUGUGACAAACUUGGUACAUGCCCAGCUGUGUCGAAUGAUGCCGUCGGUAUUUGUGUGGAGUCAUGUUCCUACGAUCACGAUUGUCCUGGCAACGACAAAUGCUGUUCUAAUGGAUGUGGACAUGUAUGUCGUCCUGCUGACCUUGAAAAAGAAGGAACGUGUCCAGUGAUACAAAGUGGUUCAGGUGGUAUAUGUGUACAGGAAUGCGCACAUGAUUAUGAAUGUGAAGGUGAUAAUAAGUGUUGCUCCAAUGGGUGUGGCAACGUCUGCAGUCAAAUACAAGACGACACGCCUCUGGAACCGCCUUGUCGUGCAGAUGUCCUCAAAGCCUAUGCAGAUUACACAGAAGAAACGUUUAUUCCAUAUUGCGACGAUGAUGGAUAUUACUUAUCUGAGCAGUGCUGGCAUACAAGCGGCGAAUGUUGGUGUACCGACAGAUACGGCAACGAACUAACAGGAAGUCGCACCAAUGGAAGAGCUAACUGUACUUGAAUUUUUCAACCUUGUCUCAAAAUGUCUAUGUAGAGUCAUGUAAUUCACCUUGAAUUGCGUCAUUUGGUCUAUUGGGUGUAAUAGUGCAACUUUUUAACUAAUACUUAAUAAUCAGUGAUCUCAUGGAUCACAAAACGCUUUUCUAUCGAUUUUAUUUGUUAUAACUUUUAGAUUAACAGAUUAAACGAUCAUUUAAAAUUUGUAUUUUA